AUGUUGAUUCAGAUUCCCCGCCUUACAAAUUCUCUCAGAGACCCGUUUGAUAUCGACCGAGCUUAUCUUCAUCGCAAAGCUCUUCUUCAAAAUCGAAAGCCUCACAAUGUUGCAAGCUCACUUGAUGAAUCUGAACUCGCACGUAAGAUUGUAUAUGGUUGGGAAGAAGCUUCAUCGGAAGUGCGGAAAGCUUACAAAGAGUUUAUAGGAGCAGUAGUGGGCUUGGUUGAUGGAGAAAUGCGCUCUGAGGAUUUCCAUGAGGUGGCGCUGACUGUGUACCGUCUGUUUAGCAGACCAAUUGAAGAGGAGGGCUCUAUUAAUAGAAUUAUUUAUGAUAAAAAGUUAGAAUUGGAAAACCUUGUCGGUCAUGCAAUUGCUGAUACCAAGUUGAGAGAAGUUGCAUCUCUAGCACAAAAACUCUUAAUUUUGCAACCUAACAAUACAAAUUCUUCUGUUUCUUUGGAAAGACAUCACAAUGUUGAUGAGGGUAUGGAAUUUGGAGACGAUUUGGUUUUUCAACCCCCAACUCGUUUCUUGGUUGAUGUAUCCUUAGAUGAUGGAGACAUAGCGGAUUUCAAAAACACAGUUUCUCUAGCAUUUCAGAAAGAAGAGUACAGUCAUACUGACCCAACAAAUCAUUUUGUUGCCGAAGUAGAAAAGUUCAGUUUGACUUGGUUAAGAGAUGCAUGUGAUAAAAUUGUUAGGAAUUGUAAUUCACAGGUAUCUCGAGAUGAACUGGCAAUGGCCAUUUGUAGGGUUCUUAAUUCAGAAAAGCCUGGUGAAGAGAUAGCUGGAGAUUUGUUGGAUCUUGUUGGGGAUAAUGCAUUUGAAACUGUGCAAAAUCUUCUAUUGCACCGGAAAGAGAUUGUUGAUUCUAUUCAUUAUGGCUUAUCAGUAUUCAAGUCUGAUACAAAUGCUGCAAAUGCUCAGUCUCGCAUGCCUAGUUAUGGGACACAGGUGACUGUACAAACAGAAUCUGACAAACAAAUUGACAAGCUUCGGCGCAAGGAGGAAAAACGAAACAGGCGAGGAAUAGAACUUGCUGGGGGUGAUGACUUGUCUACACUGGAUUUCUCAUCUUUACUUCAAGCAAGUGAGAGGAAAAAUUUGGUUGAUGGGAUGAUUGGUACUGGAGAUAGGGCAAUAGCUGUUAAUGCUCUUCCUGAAGGAACUAUCAAAAAGUAUUGUAAGGGGUAUGAAGAAGUUAUUGUUCCCCCAAAACCAACUGCGCCAAUGAAACCUGGAGAGAGACUGAUUGAGAUCAGUGAGUUAGAUGACUUUGCUCAAGCCGCUUUCCGUGGUUACAAAUCGCUGAAUCGUAUUCAGAGCAGGAUAUUUCAAACUGUUUAUGGAACCAAUGAGAAUAUACUCGUAUGUGCCCCCACAGGAGCUGGAAAAACUAACAUAGCUAUGAUUUCAAUUCUUCAUGAGAUUGGACAACACUUCAGGGAUGGUUACUUGCAUAAAGAUGAAUUUAAGAUAGUUUAUGUUGCUCCAAUGAAGGCUUUGGCUGCAGAAGUCACAUCAACAUUCAGCCAACGUUUAUCUCCGUUGAAUAUGAGUGUCAGAGAGCUUACUGGAGAUAUGCAGCUCUCUAAAAAUGAACUAGAAGAAACUCAGAUGAUAGUGACAACUCCUGAGAAAUGGGAUGUCAUAACUCGGAAGAGCAGUGACAUGUCACUCUCGAUGCUGGUGAAGCUCUUAAUUAUUGAUGAAGUGCAUCUACUCAAUGAUGAUAGAGGUCCUGUAAUAGAGGCUUUAGUUGCUAGGACACUGCGGCAGGUGGAGUCAAGCCAGUCAAUGAUACGCAUUGUGGGCCUUUCUGCCACACUCCCCAAUUAUCUAGAGGUUGCACAAUUUCUCAGAGUUAAUCCAGACACAGGUCUUUUCUUCUUUGAUUCAAGUUAUCGCCCAGUGCCUCUUGCACAACAGUAUAUUGGAAUUAGUGAGCCAAACUUUGCAACUCGUAAUGAAUUGUUGAAUGAUAUAUGCUAUCGGAAGGUUGUUGAUUCUAUUAAGCAAGGUCAUCAGGCGAUGGUAUUUGUUCAUUCACGAAAAGACACUGCAAAGACUGCUAAGAAACUGACUGAACUUGCACAAAGGAGUGACGAACUUUUACUCUUCAAUAAUGACGCGCAUCCACAGUAUUUCUUUAUGAAGAAAGAAGUCAUUAAAUCAAAAAACAAAGAUCUCGUUGAACUUUUUGGUUUUGGCAUGGGUAUUCAUCAUGCUGGGAUGUUACGAUCAGAUAGAGGACUGACUGAAAGGCUUUUUUCUGAGGGACUUUUGAAGGUACUCGUCUGUACAGCAACUCUGGCAUGGGGUGUCAAUUUACCUGCUCACACAGUUGUCAUUAAGGGAACCCAAAUAUAUGAUGCAAAAGCUGGUGGGUGGCGAGACCUGGGUAUGCUUGAUGUGAUGCAGAUAUUUGGGCGAGCUGGAAGACCACAGUUUGAUAAAAGUGGUGAGGGUAUCAUAAUUACAUCUCACGACAAAUUAGCAUAUUAUUUGCGACUAUUGACAAGUCAACUCCCUAUUGAAAGCCAGUUUAUUAGCUCGUUGAAAGAUAAUUUGAAUGCAGAGGUUGCAUUGGGCACUGUAACUAAUGUAAAAGAAGCCUGUGCGUGGCUGGGAUAUACUUAUCUUUUCAUAAGGAUGAGGAUGAAUCCUUUGGCAUAUGGUAUUGGUUGGGAUGAGGUGAUGGCAGAUCCUGCUUUGAGUUCUAAGCAAAGAUCUCUUGUUAUUGAUGCUGCACGUUCACUUGAUAAAGCAAAAAUGAUGCGCUUUGAUGAGAAAAGUGGCAAUUUUUACUGUACUGAGCUUGGUCGCAUUGCAAGCCACUUUUACAUUCAAUAUUCCAGUGUUGAAACAUACAAUGAAAUGUUAAGACGUCACAUGAAUGAUACUGAGGUGAUUAACAUGAUUGCACAUUCAUCUGAAUUUGAGAAUAUUGCUGUUCGAGAAGAAGAACAGAAUGAGCUAGAGAUGUUGGCACGCUCAUCAUGUCCCUUAGAAAUUAAGGGCGGUCCUUCCAACAAACAUGGAAAGAUUUCCAUUCUGAUUCAGUUGUACAUAUCUCGAGGCUCUAUGGAUUCUUUCUCCUUGGUUUCUGACGCCUCAUACAUAAGUGCAAGCUUGGCUCGUAUUAUGCGAGCUUUAUUUGAGGUUUGUCUGCGAAGAGGCUGGUGUGAGAUGUCUUUGUUCAUGUUGAAUUAUUGCAAAUCUGUAGAUCGCCAAGUCUGGCCGCACCAACAUCCUCUUAGGCAAUUUGACAGGGAGCUUUCAUCAGAAAUAUUGCGGAAGCUUGAAGAGCGAGGGGCUGACUUAGAUCAUCUGAUGGAGAUGGAGGAAAAAGAUAUCGGGGCAUUAAUUCGUUAUGCACCUGGAGGAAGGUUGGUUAAGCAAUACCUAGGGUAUUUUCCAUCACUUCAAUUAUCAGCCACCGUGAGUCCAAUAACCAGAACCGUCUUGAAGAUUGAUCUGGUCAUAACUCCAGUUUUUAUUUGGAAAGAUCGUUUUCAUGGUACUGCACAACGCUGGUGGAUUUUGGUAGAGGACUCCGAGAAUGAUCAUAUUUACCACUCAGAACUCUUUACCUUGACAAAGCGGAUGGCUAAGGGAGAACCUUACAAGCUUACCUUCACUGUGCCUAUAUUUGAACCACAUCCACCCCAAUAUUACAUUCAUGCUGUUUCUGAUUCAUGGCUUCAUGCAGAGGCAUUCUAUACUAUUACCUUUCAUAAUUUACCCUUGCCAGAGGUCAGUACUUCUCAUACAGAACUUCUCGAUUUAAAGCCUCUUCCAGUGUCGUCUCUUGGAAACACUGAUUAUGAAGCGCUAUACAAAUUUUCACAUUUUAACCCCAUACAAACACAGACUUUUCAUGUCUUGUAUCACACAGACAAUAAUGUUCUAUUGGGAGCUCCAACUGGGAGUGGAAAAACUAUAUCUGCUGAGCUUGCUAUGCUCCGGCUUUUCAAUACUCAUCCCGAUAUGAAGGUUAUUUAUAUAGCACCUCUGAAGGCUAUUGUCAGGGAAAGAAUGAGUGACUGGAAAAAGCGUCUUGUAUCUCAGCUAGGGAAAAAAAUGGUUGAAAUGACUGGAGACUAUACUCCCGAUUUGAUGGCUCUCUUGUCGGCCAAUAUCAUCAUAUCUACUCCUGAAAAGUGGGAUGGUAUAAGUCGUAAUUGGCAUACUCGUAGCUAUGUCACAAAGGUUGGACUUAUCAUAUUGGAUGAGAUUCACUUGUUGGGAGCUGAUCGUGGGCCCAUCCUUGAGGUAAUUGUUUCUAGGAUGAGAUAUAUUUCAUCACAAACAGAGCGUUCAGUACGGUUUGUAGGUCUUUCUACAGCUCUGGCGAAUGCAGGUGAUCUAGCUGAUUGGUUAGGCGUGGAGGAGAUUGGACUCUUUAAUUUCAAGCCAAGUGUGAGGCCCGUACCUUUGGAAGUUCAUAUCCAGGGGUAUCCUGGAAAGUAUUACUGCCCCCGAAUGAACAGUAUGAAUAAACCAGCAUAUGCUGCAAUAUGCACACAUUCACCUGCAAAACCAGUUCUUAUAUUUGUCUCGUCACGGCGUCAAACAAGACUUACUGCACUAGACCUAAUUCAGUUUGCUGCUUCAGAUGAGCAUUCAAGGCAAUUUCUUAAUAUGCCUGAAGAAGCACUGCAGAUGGUCCUGUCUCAAGUCUCUGACCAAAACUUGAGGCAUACUUUGCAAUUUGGCAUCGGUUUACAUCAUGCAGGCCUGAAUGACAAAGACAGAUCUUUUGUUGAGGAGCUUUUUGCAAACAACAAGAUUCAGGUAUUGGUUUGUACCAGUACAUUGGCUUGGGGUGUGAAUCUUCCAGCGCAUCUAGUGAUUAUCAAGGGGACAGAAUUCUUUGAUGGAAAAUCAAAGAGGUACGUUGAUUUUCCAAUCACUGAUAUCUUGCAAAUGAUGGGCCGUGCUGGACGUCCUCAAUUUGAUCAGCACGGGAAGGCAGUGAUACUUGUUCAUGAACCCAAGAAAAGUUUCUACAAAAAGUUCUUGUAUGAACCCUUUCCCGUUGAGAGUAGUUUGCGGGAGCGUCUGCACGACCACUUAAAUGCCGAAAUAGUUUCCGGUACAAUCCAUAAUAAACAAGAUGCAGUGCAUUACCUGACAUGGACUUACUUAUUCCGUAGACUGAUGGUCAAUCCUGCAUACUACGGAUUGGAGAAUGUAGAACCUGAAUUUAUAAGUUCGUUUUUGUCUAGCCUAGUACAAAGCACAUUUGAGGAUUUGGAAGACAGUGGAUGCAUAAAGAUGAAUGAAGAUGCGGUGGAGUCGGUGAUGUUGGGGUCAGUAGCAUCUCAGUAUUACCUCAGCUACAUGAGUGUAUCAAUGUUUGGUUCAAACAUCGGUCCGGAUACGUCACUUGAAGUCUUUCUGCAUGUCUUAUCUGCCGCUGCCGAAUUUGAUGAACUUCCUGUGCGUCACAAUGAGGAAAAAUUCAAUGAAGCACUCUCUGAAAAAGUUAGAUAUGCCGUUGAUAAGAAUCUUUUAGAAGAUCCCCAUACCAAAGCAAAUCUUCUUUUCCAGUGUCAUUUUUCCCAAUUGGAAUUACCAAUUAGUGACUAUGUCACAGAUUUGAAAUCAGUAUUAGAUCAGAGUAUACGAAUAAUCCAGGCCAUGAUUGAUAUAUGUGCAAAUAGUGGUUGGCUUUCGAGCUCUAUUACUUGCAUGCAUCUUCUGCAAAUGGUAAUGCAGGGUUUGUGGUUUGACAAGGACUCUUCGUUGUGGAUGCUACCAUGCAUGAAUGGCGAUCUUGUAACAUCACUAAGCAAAAGAGGAAUCUAUAGUAUACAGGAAUUGCUAGAUAUUCCCAGGGCAGCAUUGCAGACAGUAACUGAAAAUUUUCCGGCUUCAAAAUUGUACCAGGAUCUACAACACUUCCCUAAUGUUAAAAUGAAAUUAAAGCUUCAGGAAAGGGAAACUGACGGUGAGAAGAGCCACAUAAUAAACAUCAGAUUAGAAAAGCUCAACUCUAGACGACAUUCAUCUAGAGCAUUUGUUCCUCGAUUUCCAAAGAUAAAAGAGGAGCAAUGGUGGCUGGUUCUUGGUAAUACAUCAACUUCUGAGCUAUAUGCACUGAAAAGAGUUUCUUUUUCGGAUCACUUAGUUACAUCGAUGAAGUUGCCUCCAACUACAGCUAAUCUUCAGGAUGUAAAAGUGUUUCUAGUCUCUGACUGUUACAUUGGAUUUGAACAAGAACAUUCCAUUAAAUAA